GGCAACGUUUUUCAAUCGAGUUGGCAACACUGACAGUACUUUACUAUGGCAACAGAAACUUUAUAUUUUAAACAAGCAUCAUGGAUAAGCCCCAGAUGAUAGAGCAUCUCCAUGAAUCCGUUAGCUAUACCGUAUACGACACAAAAUGGAUUCCCUUGUCGGCCAAAUUCGUGGUCCUUGGCUCUAAGGCCAAUAGUCAAGGAGUUUUGGAUAUUUUCGAGUUAAACGAAGAUAAACUGGUGAAGAUCAAGUCCAUUGACAAGAAGGUGGCUUUCAAAUGCGGAACAUUUGGAGCAGCAUCGCUAAGGAAUCGCCACAUGGCGAUUGGGGACUUCGAGGGUCGGCUGCAAGUGCUAGAUCUCGAGCAUCCAGAUUUGGCUGUCUACAAUGUGAAAGCCCACAAAGGCAUCAUAAAUUGCAUUGAUGCUAUUGGUGGCACUCAAGUUGAUUGUGGAGCACCGGAAAUUGUCACUGGAAGCCGUGAUGGGGCUGUCAAGGUGUGGGACAUACGACAGGGACAGGCGCCAGUGGUGGACAUAUCGCCACCACCACAAAUGGGUGAUGGCAUUAAUAAGUGUGGUACUCGAGAUUGCUGGGCUGUGGCAUUUGGUAAUACCUUCAAUUCCGAGGAACGCGUUGUGGCAGCCGGCUAUGAUAAUGGUGACCUAAAACUUUUCGAUCUACGUUCGCUGGCUGUGCGCUGGGAGACUACGCUAAAGAAUGGCAUCUGUGGCCUGGAAUUUGAUCGUCGUGAUAUACCAAUGAAUAAGCUGGGUGUUACCACCUUAGAAGGUGGCCUUUUGGUCUACGAUUUGCGUACUCAGCAUGCUACAAAGGGCUUUAGCUAUGUAGAGGAACGGAACGCUGGCCGAAGUGUGGGAACUAAUGGCGUCAUCAGUGGACCAAAGGCCACAGUGUGGACAGUGCGUCAUUUGCCACAGAAUCGGGAUUUGUUCCUAACUGGUGGUGGCACUGGUUCCAUACGCCUCUGGCAGUAUGAAUAUCCCGACAAGCGUGUCAUCGAUGAUACGGAUGGCAGUAAAGUUGGUGUCGCUGGUUCAUUACAAAUGCUUAGCGCCGUCACAUUGAGUUCACAGCCAGUGCAUUGCUUUGACUGGCAUCCAGAUAAACUGGGCUUAGCCGUGUGCGGUGCAUUCGAUCAGAGCGUACGAGUUUUGAUAACCACCAAGUUAAAUACUUUUUAACUAUCAUUGGAGUACGAUUGAUAUUUAGUGAUAUGCAGAGUGUGCCUAGUAACAAUAAAACAAAAAAACACCUUUCCGGAAUUUUAGCAUCUUUUUGCACGCAGAUUAAAAGUCUGUCGCCUUAGCUUUGAAAUGAUUCUCCAAGACCUAAUCAUCUAAAUCGACGUCAUCCUGAUAUUUUCAUCUUCAUAGAUAUACGCUGAUUGCAUACGGUAUGCUAUACAUUUAUUAAUUUUAAAAUAUCAUCUUUGGGGGUUAAACUAUGGAACUUGCAAAGAAUUUCAAUUUUUUCCAUUCGAAUUUUCCGCCUGGUUUUCUGAUACUGUAAUUUGGUAAAUUUUCAACCGAUUUCAAUCAGUAUAUACAAAACACAUUUUUUUUUUCUUUAUUUUAAGCCAAAAGAAAUCUUAAUCUUAAAACCAAUAAAAACGACGAAAACUAAGUUGAA